AUGACUUGGGGGGACAUACCCAGUCGGGAAGACAAGUCCGAUGCUAAGCCGGAACGUGUUGUUGUUUUUGGUCGUCAUGGUGCAAGAGUCCUGACCAGAGACCUCACUUGCUGGGAAGGAGACGAUACUGAGUACAUGUGCCCAGUCGCCACCUACUAUGGCUUCAUUAACAGCCCCUCUGAGGGAACAGGUGUUGGUUGGACUAGACUGGCCGGCAAGAGGAUGAUGUUGAAGGGCAACUGUACCUACGGCCAAGUUGUGGAGCCGGGCAUUCAGCAGCAUAUGCUGAAUGGGGAGGCUCUGAGGAAGGCCUACGCCGAGCCGUUGGAGCUGGGAGAAGCACCGCUGGAGCCCCAAGUGAUGUUCCGUUCGACUGAGUUCACUCGUACCAUUCACAGUGCCCAGGCUCUCGCUAUGGGGUUGUUCCCGAAUAUUCAGCAAUACGGCCCUGACAGUCUGGACAUUGUCAUUGACGAUCUCGAUGUGGACUCCAUGACCCCCAAACCACGCGUGUGCCCUCGCAUUGCUGAUUCCUUGGAUGCCUUCUUCGAGUCACCAGAGGCUCUCAAGCGGACAUAUGCAUCGACGCUUGAACGGAAGCUCAUCGGCCUCACCAGUGGACGUUACGAUGAGUUUAACACCAACGACCCCAAGAAGAUGGAUGGCCUUUACUCCGGGAUGCUGGUAGGCCUCCGCCGUGACACUCCAGUUUGCAUUCAUAUCUCCGUCAGGAUUGCCUGA